CCCAUUUAUUGAUGCCCAAGCUGAUUCCUGUAUUCCCUUUUCUUCUCUCAUCUUUUUUCUCUCUGAAUAGCUCUCGGUGCGCUCUUCUGUUACUCUCUCAAUCGCUUCUGCUAAUCUCUCAAUCUGCGAAGUCAAGGGUUUUUGCCCUUCCGCUCCUUUCUGUGCUCGCUUUGCUCUAUCUCUCGGUGCCUAAUUUGGGGUGUUUUUGGAGGACGAGCCCGCCACGAGAGUCACAUCUUUGCUUCUUGGAAGCUGGAACAGGCGAGACCUUCCACUCCACUCAAAUCUCAAUCUGUUUACCAAAACGGCACGACUAUGAAGAGGGAGCAUUUGGAGAGUGUUGGAGGAAGGGGGAUUGGCGGGUAUGCUCCGGCGGCGCCCGGUAUGGCGGGAACGGGGAAAGGGAAGAUGAUGGGGUUGGACGAGGAGGCGGACGGUGGUAUUGACGAGCUUCUUGCUGCGUUCGGGUACAACGUGAGGUCCUCUGAUAUGGCGGGCGUGGCGGAGAAGCUGGAGCAGCUGGAGAUGGCGAUGGGAGGCAGCUCUGCGCAUGACGAUGCGCUGCUUAUUCACCUUGCUUCUGAUACUGUGCACUAUAACCCGUCCGAUCUGUCGAGCUGGCUGGAAAGCAUGCUCUCGGAGCUAAGCGCGCCGCCCCCACAGCUGCCGCAGGCGAUUCAUCCUAAUUCCAGCGGCUACAACUUGCCGCAAGCGCCGGCUUCUGCCCACUCCUCGACAGCUUUCUUUGAUCCCGCCGAUGCACUCACCACCACUGAGUCCUCCACCGUCACCUCCGUCGAUUUCCCUGCCCAGCCUCCUCCUGUUGUCUUCCCUGAUUUCGCCGUUCGGCAGAGCGGCUCUGGAGGCAACCGCGUCGUGUACGGAUCAGAGCCCCAGAUCGAUAGUGGAACCCGAGACCGGAAGCGGAUGAAAACCUCGUCAUCCUCUUCCUCUUCCAGAGGAGGAUCUGGCGGUGGAGUGAUUGUGCAAUCUUCACCAACUAUUGGGUCUUUGCUGGCGCCUGCAUCCGGUACCGAGGUGGCUUCUGCGCUGCCUGUAGUGAUGGUGGACACACAGGAGGUCGGGAUUCGUCUAGUUCACGCCCUUAUGGCCUGUGCUGAGGCAGUGAACGAGGAGAACUUCAAAGUGGCAGAUGUGCUCGUCAGGCAGAUUACGGUUCUCGCCUCUUCUCAGAGCGGUGCCAUGCGUAAGGUCGCCGGAUACUUUGCAGAAGGCUUCGCCCGCAAAAUCUAUCGCCUCCACCCACAGCAGGAUUGCUCUCUCGACUCCGCCUUCUCCGACAUCCUCCAGAUGCACUUCUACGAGAGCUGUCCCUACCUCAAGUUUGCUCACUUCACCGCCAACCAAGCCAUCCUGGAAGCCUUCGCCGGCUGUCGCCGCGUUCAUGUCAUCGACUUUAGUAUGAAACAGGGGAUGCAGUGGCCGGCGCUGAUGCAGGCUCUCGCACUCCGACCGGGCGGCCCCCCAUCUUUCCGCCUCACCGGAAUAGGUCCGCCCCAACCCGAUAACACCGAUGCGCUUCAACAAGUCGGUUGGAAGCUAGCCCAGCUCGCGGAUACCAUACACGUCGACUUCGAGUACCGCGGCUUUGUUGCCAACAGCCUCGCUGAUCUCGAGCCCUUCAUGCUCGAGACCCUCUCACCAGCAAGUGGCGGAUCCGCCGAGCCGGAGGUCGUGGCGAUCAACUCAGUCUUUGAGCUACACCGCCUCCUAGCCAGACCAGGGGCUUUGGAAAAAGUCCUCGCUACUAUUCGCGCUGUGAAGCCGCGCAUCGUCACCGUGGUCGAGCAGGAAGCAAACCACAACGCAGGUCCGUUCAUGGAGCGAUUUACUGAAGCUCUUCACUACUAUUCGACGAUGUUCGAUUCUCUGGAGGGCGGCGCUGGCGCCGCCGGCGAGGCACAACAGGAUCAGCUGAUGUCGGAGGUCUACCUCGGUCGGCAGAUCUGCAACGUAGUAGCCUGCGAAGGAUCGGAGAGGACAGAACGUCACGAGACGCUGACUCAAUGGAGGACAAGGAUGGGCGGUGCUGGUUUCGAGCCUGUACAUAUUGGUUCCAACGCCUUCAAGCAGGCAAGCAUGCUCCUUGCACUCUUCGCCGGAGGCGACGGCUAUCGCGUGGAGGAGAAAGAAGGCUGUCUCACGCUCGGUUGGCAUACGCGUCCACUAAUCGCCACUUCCGCUUGGCGAGUCGCCGGUGCCACCGACUCUACCUCCGCGGCCGCUGAUGCUCACUAAUCUCAAUGCGGCGAUCUCUUCUUGUCCAUCUUUUCAGCGGUCGGAUGAAACAUCCCGGACCGGCCCGGCACGGCACGGCCCAGUGGGCCUACUUACGGACAUGGAGUUGCGGUUCGAUUCACUGGAAGGCCUUGGUCAGAUGGUUUCACCUCUCCAUGUUACCGUGUUUCCCACCCCUGUUCGGGGCCGUCCUCUUGUGUUUUUUUAUUUUUAUUUUUUUUUAAAUUAUAAUUUUGGUGAUCCCAUCCGACCCUCAAGCCUCUCAGCCCUUCCUUUGCUACAGCCUCGUUUUGACUAUGAAUCUGUUAUCUGCGUGUAUCUAGUCUUCCCUCUGUCUGUAUGUAAUAUAAUAAACUCCGAAAGGAGAUUUUUUUUAA